AUGGCGGAUUCCGGCGAACCUCAGAGCCCGCCGACGACGGCCAUGGCCUCGACGACCCUCGCUACCUCAAGCAUGUCUUCACCCACCAUUGCGGUAGGGUUCCACGGUGAAGGGCCCGCCGAGACUCGUCCGCCGCUUGCCCCCAUAUCCGAUUCGGCUGCCCAACCAUCAAAGUUUCAGAGCCCCAUGAGGCAUCACCGUCGAACGCCUUCAGCUCACCGUGAAGUCAAGGAAACGCUCAACGCCGUGACAGCAUAUGGUACUGAGGCUGAGGAUGGCUCAAGUCACCACCGCAUCAAUCAGUAUGUCAUUAAAGAGGAAAUUGGCCGGGGCUCCUAUGGUGCUGUUCACCUUGCGACCGACCAAUUUGGCACCGAAUACGCCGUCAAGGAAUUCUCAAAAGUCCGCCUUCGUAAACGCGCGCAGUCCAACAUUCUGCGGCAGGGCGCUCGCCGACCUCAGCGCUUCGCCCCCCGUGUUAGUCUCAACGCGCCGCUCUCACCUCAUUUCGGCGAGGAGGGCAACGCUGGUUGGAACGUCAACGAUGCCCUGUUCUUUAUCAGAGAGGAGAUUGCCAUCAUGAAGAAGCUGAACCACCCGAACCUGGUCCAGCUGAUUGAGGUGCUGGACGACCCGGAGGAAGAUUCACUGUACAUGGUCCUUGAAAUGUGCAAGAAGGGAGUCGUGAUGAAGGUCGGAUUCAACGAGAAGGCGAAGCCAUAUGGUGAAGAUUCUUGUCGUUAUUGGUUCAGAGACUUGAUUCUAGGCAUCGAAUACUUACAUGAGCAAGGCGUCAUUCACCGGGAUAUCAAGCCGGACAACCUUCUCCUUACCGACGACGAUGUGCUCAAGAUUGUAGACUUUGGCGUCUCCGAGAUGUUUGAGAAGCCGGGAGACCCCAUGAAGACGGCUAAAUCGGCAGGAUCCCCGGCAUUCCUUGCACCCGAGCUCUGCGUGGUCCGACAUGGCGACGUCGAUGGCAAGGCUACGGAUAUCUGGUCCAUGGGCAUAUCGCUGUACUGUCUACGCUACGGCAAAAUCCCUUUUGAGCAAGAGGGUGUGCUUGAGAUGUACGAAGCUAUCAAGACAGAUUCUCCUGAGCUGCCCGGGGAUGAGAAUCCCGACUUUGUGGACCUCAUCUGCAGGAUUCUGGAAAAGGACCCCAAGAAGCGCAUCCAGAUGCACGAGUUGCGGGACCAUCCAUGGGUUACGAAACAGGGGACAGACCCUCUGCUAUCAAAGGAAGAAAAUUGUUCCAAACUCGUGGAGCCCCCAAACGAGCUUGAGCUAAACCGCGCUUUCACGCGGAAGAUGAACCAUCUCCUCUGUGUGAUGAAAGCAAUUCAUAAGUUCAAGAACAUCCUCACAAGGCAAAGAAACGCCAAAUCGCGCGAAGGUUCCCAGACAGACUCCCCCCGCUUGGGUGCGAUGCACGAAGACAUUGAGGCCCUUCUCUCGAAACGCCGCGAGUUCCUCAAGAAGAACGGCCUCGCCGACGUAACCAAGACCGCACCCCCCGAGAGGUCUGACUCGGAACCCCGCAUCCUCGGCAUCGGCAUCGGUUCUCGGGACGAGUUCGACAAGGAUGAGCCCUCGGCCGGCGCCGUGGCCGAAUCGCCGACCAACGUCGACUUCAACAUUUAUGACAAGGCGUACGAGGCCGAGGUAGAGCGCAUCAUGAGAAAGCAGACGCGGCAGAAGACGAUGUACCUGACGCGCUUCGUUAAAGACCGCGAGCAUUACAAGGAGGUCGCCAAUGUCGUGGAGGGUACGUCGGCGGGUGUCACGCCCGUGGGGACGCCAAAGGCCGAUACGAACCUGGCUGCUUCAAAGGGGCGGUUCGCUGAUUUGGUUCAUAGCAUGACUGGUGCUUCGAAAGCCAAGGCUGCCGACGAGAAGGAGGAGAGUUAA